CUGACGAUGCUGCGGCCGCACUCGACGCCGGCGACGCUGUCGUGGCUCAAGGAGAACUACGAGACGGCGGAGGGCGUCUGCAUCCCGCGCAACGCGCUCUACCGCCACUACGUCGACUUCUGCGCCGCCGCCGCCCUCAGGCCUGUCAACGCUGCGUCUUUCGGCAAGAUCAUCCGGCAGCAGUUCCCUGGUCUGACGACGCGCCGCCUGGGCACCCGCGGCCAGAGCCGCUACCACUACUAUGGUAUAGCCAUCAGGGAGGGCUCCAAGUACUUCGAUAUCAGCUACUCCAGGCGUGGUAACUCCAGGCUGUUCCACAUUGCCCCGGACCUCAAGAAGGAGCCCGGGAAGCUGUCGUGGGGCGCCGCCCCCGAGGGCGAUGACGACCCCCACGCCGCCCCCCUACCGCCCCCCGACUCCCCGGCGCUGGGGGGCAACAUCAGCGCGUCGCUGUCAGCCAUCUUGCCUGACUUCCCCACCAGCGCUGACCUCCAGCUGCCGCCGUCUGUCAGCCGCGACAAGGUGGAGUCUCUGCUGACGCUCUACACGCACCACUGUCGCCGCCUGCUGGACGCCGUGCUGCGUGUUGCCUUUGAUGAGGUGGCGGGGUUGGUGCUGCAGUUCUGGCAGUGUCUGCCCUGCUCGAUGAGGCCACUGCUCCCCAGCAACUGUGUCCUCAGCCUCGUGGGGCUCUGUGAUGGCCUCCUCUACAGGGCCCUGGCCGCCGCCCUCCUCCCCUCCGUCCUCAAGCCAGCGCCGGAGUCCGUGGUCCAGAUGAUCCGACAGUUUGCGGCAGACUUCGAGCGCUGGCUGGAGCGCGCGCUCGCUGGGGUGCCCGCGCCGUUGCGAGCUGUCAAAAUGCAGCAGUGUCAGCGAUUGUGUCGUCAGUUGAGGCGUCAGGCGUCCCUCAACCAGCUGUGCCAGGCGGCUCGCCUGCUGCUCAGAUCUGCUGACGUCACCCAACAGGAUAUUGCACAACCCAACUCACUCUACAUGUGGCAGAUGCUGCAUGAUUGGCGUCGCGUGGAGGUGCAGAGUGCAGCACAACAGAGUGCAGCAGCUCUGCAGCGCUGCACGGCCUCUGCAGCCACCACCCCGCACGCUGCACACUUGCAGCUCAUCCGUGCUCUUUCGGCGGAGUUCGAGCGCCUGCUGGAAUCUGGAGCGCAGCUGGAGUCGUACUGCGACUGGCUGGAGAGCGUCGUGGAGCGCUGCGUUGCCACGGCAGACUCCGCUUCAUUCAAAAGGUGGUCGCACCGCUUCUUGCUGGGGUGGUCGGGCUUCUCUACGGCCGUGGUGCGCGACAUGACGCUGCAGUCUGCGCCCAGCUUUGGUUCAUUUCACCUUCUGCAGCUGCUGUUCGACGACGCCCUGCUCUGUGUGCUGGAGACCGUGCACACCGAGCACCUCAACAGGCAGCUGCUCAGGAACAUUGCAUCUGAUGUCGCCCCUGACACCUCAGACCCUCUCUGUACAGACCUGGAGCCUGAAGAUGGUCUUCAGAGUCUGUCGCUGCUGCUGGUGGGGGGAGCCCUACACCAAGACCAUAACGACACCCUUGGAGGAAGGUCCCGUCAGGAGGCCCCUGGAGCUGCGUCAGCUGCUGACGCUGUCAGUCCCCAUCAACUUCAUCCGCUCCAGCCAUCGCUUUCUUCUAACGCAUCGUCGGGGCUGUCAUCUCUGCCCUUGCUUGUGAGAGCUCCAUCUUCACCGUCCUGUCCUCAAGGAAAUUUAUCAGUGAGUUCUUCAGUCGAUGUCGUCGAGGAGCUUCAUCCACCGUCCGUGUCUCCUAGAGGGGGACAAGAAGCGUCCCCUCGCUCACCCUUUACCUACCCAGCACUCACGACCUUCACUCAGUCUCCCCACAAUUCAGAUCCCCGUCAGCCAGUGAACUCUCCGCUUGUUGCGGAGCUGACUCAGCAGAGCAACUCCAGCAUCCCCUUGCUGCUGAUGCAACAGACAACGCAACACUUGGCCAGUACUAUCAGCAGCGUCAGCUAUACAGCGCAACCAGAAGCAUUCAUUAACAGCUUGAGUGUUGCACAGUCUGUCACCACGCCUACAGUGGCUCCGUCAACUACGAACAUCCCACCUUGUGGACUUACGCUUGCAUCGGCAACAAGUCUCACGCAGUCUUCCCUUGAAUCUGUACAAUCACCUCUGCAAUCUCCACUAUGCAUUUCAACUCAAUCCUCUCAGCUACCUAUGCAAUCUCCUCAUACUCAUUCUUCUCACGACAUUACCCAUUCUCCUCGCAUACCAUCUCAAUCUUCUCGUGUCCCCUCGCACUCUCUAUCACAGUCCGUUCCAUCUCCGCUAUUAUCCUCCACUUCCUCACACGUUUCGUCCGCUUCUUCUACUCCACUUUCAUCUUCGAGUUUGCAUCCAAAUUCGCCGUCUAGCCAAGCAAAAUCUCCGGGCAUUGUUUCGUUUGUGGAGAGCCAACCCCCUUCUGUCCAGUCCUCAGCGUUCGGGCAACCAAGGGCCAACACCUGCUCUCGAGCGACGGAUCCACUAACUACUGACAUAAUCCCCCAAACAGUUCAACAACAAACUGAAUCCAAUGAUCUUCAUCGGAUCGUUCCAGUUGACACUGACAAUUUACAAUCACAGCCUCCAGCUACAAUGAUGAUUCGGGAAUAUGCAAUGGGUGGAGAGCGGGUUAACGUGUUGCCCAGCAUGCCGGGCACCGGGUACUCCCACAGCAACAACUUCCUCAGCAAUCACAGCGACCUCGAGUACUCCCCUUCCUCCUCCACCUGCUACGAGUUUGCCAGGAGCGGCGUGGGCUACAAGUGUGCUGGCACAACUAACCAUCAGCUUUUCUACAACGACAUUGGGACGACGAGCUACGAAGGAGGAGAGGAUCUCUACUGCAGGGACGUCUACAGCGCCUCCUGCUACUACGAUCAGUUCUCAGGACACGCGCCUCCCGAAGGUGGCAUGGUUCCAACGUACAACCAAUACUCACCUUACAGCUACGAACCAGUGGCCGCACCCGCUCUAGCAGGCGCAAGAUUCAAGACAAAGGAUUCGCUCGGCUGAGGACGUUCUCAUCGGAAAAGUGACAUUGUUCAAUGUUACUUUUAACAAACAAACAGCUAAAUAAUGAAUAAAAAGCUUUAAAAUGAUAGACAACAGGCAAAUUUAACUCUUAACAUUAAAAUUCAACAAUGCAAGUCAUACGUUUCGUAACAAGAACAAUGUUGUAUUGCGUCAUCAUAUGCCCAUCAUGAUGCGGGGAGUGAACGGGAAUAACAUGGACAUUUUUUCUCUAUAACUUGAGCAUAACUUGAGUAUUAUUUUAUGUUUAGCUACUGAGUGCAGUAGUACGAAGACGAGGACGAAAUUCUAGCUGCUUUUGUGUAGAUGUGUUUAGUUGCGGACAUCUGUCGUUACAAUUGGCAUUUCAAGAUGAUAAAGAAAAAUGUUACGAGUUAAAUUCAUUAUUGGCUUCCUAUCUGAAUCUUGAAACAAACAAGCUUCAUUUAAUUCAUAGAAUAAUAAUUUCCAACAGGAAAUUUAUGAUAACUAUUUAAUAGAAAAUUCAUUCAUCAAAUGUUACAAUCGUUCCAAUCUCGGUCGCAAGCAUCAGCGUGUUCCAAGUGUGGUGGUUGCUGACAGGUGUGUACAGCAUGUGGUGUAAGCGGAGGGCGCAUAUCGUAGAAAAGA